CUGCAUUUCAUCUAUAAAACACGCGCGCCGAUAUCGCAAGCCAUAAACACGUUUUAGCUUUCAUUAACGUCAGACCAGUGCCCAAAUUUGGUCGGGACCAUUCAUCAAUAUUGCGAACGAAAGAUGUACGGAUUUCUCUUUUUUUACCUCGUUGCUGCCGCAGCGGCGGAUAAUUUGGGAUACAAUUACCAGCCACUUGGACACGAUGCUCCAAUUGGAGGAGUCCUACACGGCAGUGCUAUCGCAAACGGAGCCAACAGCUACACCGCCGGUGGAGCUGCCGCUACAGCUAACGGUGGAUUUGGCGGAUUCGCUGGCGUUAAUGAUGCCGGAAACUAUGCUGACAGCAGUAGUGGAACGGGAUUAGGUCCACAAUCCUCUGGACACGUCGAAUACAACAAAGAAUUCUACACUUACGCGGCGCCCGAACACGAGUUCGAGGAAAAUAUCGGUGCUGACCAAAUCGGCGGUUCACUAAAGAAGAACUUACGUGUGGUAUUCAUUAAGGCGCCCGAAAAUCAAGGACUCAGCAACGCCGUACUGCAAUUGGCCAAACAGGCUGCCGAGCAGCGUACCGCUAUUUAUGUGCUUAGCAAGCAACCUGAUGUCUCUGAGUUGGCCAACAAAUUGCAGGCGCUGCAGGGUGGCCAAACGCAUGCACCAGAGGUGCAUUUCGUCAAGUAUCGCACGCCCGAAGAUGCGGCGCAUGCACAACACGCCAUUCAAGCGCAAUACGAGUCGCUCGGCGGUCAAUCGCAACACUCAAACGAAGGUGUGGCUCCAGUUUUGGACUUUGCCUCGCCUGCGGCAGCGCCGUUGUCAAAUAGUCAGAGUGAUGCUGAGCCUUCCGUGGCAUAUCUGCCACCGAAUUAAGUCAGGGGA